GGUUUAUCAAUUAUUGUGCAGCACUAGUUUUCAACCAAAGCUCUCCUUUCCAUUAUGCCUUGUUGAUUCCAAGUGCUGUGUAUUAUUAGUGUUUGCUGCACAUGGUAGUUAAUUUUUCUUGAACCCACUCGUGGGAGGAUAGGUAGGUUUUGCCUCCCCUAGCUACUGUUAUUGACGUGCUGUUUGGUGGGCCUUUACAUUGACGUGCUGUUUGGUGGGCCUUUAUCAGGCUGUGUUUUGCUCUGGGCUUUGCCCCUUUUAUCAAUGAAAGUUCCAUUAUUGACAAAAAAAAAAUGAGAAAACCCUAAAAAAUUGUCUGUGCACCGUUUCCCCUCUCUCUUUAUCUCUCAACAUUUCUUCAUCACAACCGCCACUCACAGCUCUCCUCUACUAUUUUCUCUCUUCCUUCCUCCCACACCCCUCUCCCCUCUACUAUUUUCUCCAACGUUGCCAAGCCAGGAGCCCGGGCAAGUGCCUAGGGUCUCCGGACGGUGGCUCCGCCCCUGACUAGAAGCUCAAAAAUGGUAACCAUUACGGCUUCACACACUGUCCUUCCGAACCAAUCAACUCCACAUUGUCAUUUAUGGCUUUCCGAUGUGGACCAAAUGAUGUGUCACCACUACACACACUAUCUCUACAUCUACAAGGCAAAACACGACCAGAAUUUCAUAGAGAAGAUGAAGAACUCUCUUAGCAAGAUUCUAGUUCACUACUAUCCUGUAGCUGGCCGUUUGCGCUUCACGGAAAAUGAUCGAGCCGAAAUCAAUUGUAAUGCCAAGGGGGUCAUCUUGCAAGAAGCUGAAACAACAAAAACAAUGGCUGAUUUUGGAGACUUUUCACCCCCUCACUCCACCUCACAACUUAUUCCAACAAUUGAUUUCACUCAGCCUAAUGAGGAGCUUCCCCUAGUAUUGGUGCAAGUCACACGAUUCAAUGGUGGUGAUGACGGCCUAGCUAUUGGGGUUGCUUGGGUCCACUCUUUGUCUGAUGGGCUUGGUGCCACUCGCUUCAUCGGCUCAUGGGCGAAGAUAGUUCGAGGGGACACGCUAGAGCCCCAUGAACUUCCCUUUCUAGAUCGAACAGUAUUCAAAUUCUCACACCCCCCUUUGGCACCACGUUUUGAGCACAACGAGUUGAAGCCUCUGCCACUUAUUCUAGGAAGCUCCGAUUGUAGUGUUGAAAGAAAUAAGAAGGUAAUUUCAGAAACUUUUAGACUCACGCCAGAGCAAGUGGCGAAGCUGAAGAAGGAGGCCAAUGGUAAUGUCCUAGAAGGGUCAAGACCUUACAGCAGAUUUGAAAUUAUUGCCGCACAUAUAUGGAGAUGUGCUUCUAAGGCCCGUGAGCUAGAUCAGAAUCAACCAACUGAGGUUAGGUUUCAUGCUGAAAAUAGAAACAGAAUGGUUCCACCUCUACCUGGUAAUUAUUUUGGGAAUGCUGUGACACUGACCGGAGCAGCCAGUUUUGUUGGGGAACUCACAGCAGAGCCUUUGAGUCAUGCUGCACAGAAGAUAAGGGAAGCAAUUGAGGUGGUGAGUGAUGAGUACAUAAGGUCGCAGAUUGAUGUUCUAAGGAGUCAGAAGCAUUUGGAUGAUGCAAGGGCUUUAUAUUUUGGUGUUAGAGGUAAGAAUCCCCCAUUUGCUGGGAAUCCUAAUCUUCGUUUCGCAAGUUGGAUGAGCAUGCCAGCAUAUGAAGCAGAUUUUGGUUGUGGAAAACCUGUGUACUUUGGCCUAGCAAAUGAGUCCCCUCAUGACAGGGCAGUGAUUCUUCUAAGCCCCGAUGGGGAUGGCUCUGUUACUGUGAUAAUGUUAUUCCAGAUACCACACAUGCAACUUUUUAAGAAAUUCUUCUAUGCGGAUAUGUCCACUUCUAGCGAAGUUACUAUCGGUUAGGCUUUGAAAAUUUCACACUCAACAUCACCACAACUACUUUGAGCUUCUUCAGUGUAUGUUUUACGUGUGUUCUAUAAUUUCCUGUCUUCAAUAAAUUUACUUUACCAUGUGGAAAAACCGUAUGUUUUACGUGUGUUCUGUGUUGAAUAAAUUUACUCAUGAGAUUGAAAUUA